GAUUUUGCCCAGAUCCAUGGUAAUUUAUCAGCAAUGUUUGAUCGUGCGAUGACAAUGAUGUUUGGCCUGGGCCUGUCCAUUACUGGGUCCCAUCACCUGUGUGGAGACUACCUGUUCAGUGGCCAUACAGUCAUCCUCACCAUCCUCUACCUCUUCAUCAGGGAGUAUUCCCCACGUGGCUGGUUCAUUCUUCACUGGUGCACGUGGCUGGUCUCCUGUAUCGGCAUCUUCUGUAUCCUCCUGGCGCACGACCACUACACGAUAGACGUGGUCGUGGCUUACUACAUCACCACGCGGCUGUUCUGGAUCUACCACACGCUGGCCAACCACGAGGUGCUGAAGAAACCCAGCCCGGCGCACCUCCUGUCACGGACGUGGUGGUUCUCCAUGUUCAGGAUGGCGGAGGGGAACGUUGGGGGGUCCUGCCGCGGGAGUUUGCCUGGCCGCUCCCCUGGCCGAAACGUUUCCACGACACAAGGUUCCAUUACAUGGGGGUGUGCAAACAAGUGUGACGUGUGGUUAGACACAUCUGCACCUCAGCUCGAAAGCUCAUCUGUGUAGCUUUGAAACAAAUUUGAACUGUGAUAUCUAACACAAGAAAUUGGACAAAUUUUCGACUGUAUAACUCUAGUGUUCAUCAGGGCAUUGCAACCGUCCCUCAACAGAGACGGGGGGGCGCCACAAACUUCUGCAACCUAUGAUCAACGACUCACUAAGUAACUUGUGCUAUCUACAUAAAGUGGUAUGACAAGCAGUGGAUUGCUCAGUCCUUGACAAAGACUGGAGGUGUACAGUCAAAAAUUUUGGUCCAAUUUACUGUGUAGGAAAUUACAGCUCAAACUUGUUUUAUACAUCUGCACCAGAUGACAUCCUUGUGUCUAUCCGUGAGAAACUGUGAUGGUGCAGAAUUGUGAAGGGUAAAGUCAUCUGACUUGUGAAGACAACUGUCUCCUCAAUUUUACGUUGGGAAAGUCGAGUACAUCUUGUUUGCCUGUCUGUCUUCAUAUUUUGAUAUUUCUUAGUGUUGGGCUACUACUGAUGCACAUGCACCAUAAGUUGCAGGUCCUGUGUUUGUACUAACAGUGUAAGUGUGGUAAUUUUAGAUUACUGAAAAGAUGCUGGAAAUUCAAAAAAUCUUGUGAAGUUCCAAGUGAAAUAUGUUUAUAGGUUUGACUAAAGUGAAGAUUCCAUGACAUACAUUUAUAUAAUGCCUUGAAAACCAUGCUCUUAAGUUAACUAAAAUUUUACUGUACAUUUAGUAAUAGGUUUCUUUUAUAAUACAUGUACAUGGUAGUUAUUAGAUUUUCCAAAUCUGUAGUAUAUUUUCUAACUCGAAGAAACCAUUGGUAGAAGGUACUUUGUCUUUUUAGUGCAUUAACAAAUUAAUGGCAGGGACAGUCAAAUAGUACCGACGUAAGAAAUGCCCUGGAAUGUUGAGCAGGGAGCCCUGCAAAGUGUACCGUAGUUACUUGUGAUGACAUUGACUUGGGUCAAUAUGUAUUCCAUUUACUUCUUUUCCUCCUUAUUUAGUCCAGGAAAUGUAGAAUAAGUCAGGUCAGGUUUCUGUUUGGUUUCUACAAGUCGAAUGUGAAGUGCUUCAGAAAUCCAUACCAAAGCUAACGACAAGCCAAGAAAUUUCAAUUGUAGCAACAGCAAAUUACGUCUUCCGGCAUAAGUGUUGGAAUAUUUCAGUACAAGCUGUGGUGAAAAUGCCAUCAUGGCUGUUAAAUGUGCCCCCCUCCCACAAGAAAAAAGAUAGAAACAACAAAAAGACUUUUAAACUGUAACGCUUUUCACCUGAGCAAUAGGAAUUAGCAAAAUACUCAUUGUUUUAAUUCUACAUGAAGCUUUUUUUGUUCUGAACAAACAGUUGCUAUAUACGGAUGGUACAAAAUUAUUUAUAUUAUCUCAAACUGUAAUUAUAUCAGACACAGUAAUAAUCCCUGACUGAAAUGUUUUCUAUCUAGAUCAUUUUGUUCUUUGCUAUGUGCCAGUAGUACUGAUCCAGCUGUUGACUGCACCUCUUUGGGUGGUGAUGUUGAAAGUCUCUGUGUUGUUUUCCCUGUAGCUAUACAAGACUCCUGUUGGUAUAUAUGGUGUGGUUGAUAAUCUAACCACAGGCCUCGCUACAUGAUGUGUGCCAUGCUUGAUCGUCAAGGUUUCCUCUCACAGUGCAAUGUACAUAUAUGUGGAAAGCAGAAAAAAAGUACAAGAAGCAAAAUUGCAAUAUUUAUUUUUGUUCUGUAAUACUGCUGCAUAUCAUAGGCUGAAAAAUUGCUACUCGAACUGAUGCAUCUGCAAGACAGUAUUAUAACAAAGUGUGAACAUUGUCACCGUCCCACAGCAAUCUUAGUAUUGGACUCAUCCUGUGGGACACUUGUAAAGAAUGUACAGAAGUAUGAUGAUGAUGAUGAUGCAAGAAAACUUUGUAUAAAACCCCCUCCUAUCCCGCAGAAGAAUGUUUGCAACUUUUACACAACAGGAUGAACUGUUGAGAAGAUUAAGGUUUUCUUACCUUACAUGGAAUUAUUUUAAUGGCUUAGUUGCAUUACUUGGUCUAUAUUUUGAUAUGACCAAGAUAGUAUAUCAGCAGAACGUAUCGUGCCUACAUGAAACCACUAUUUCUGUUAGAUGUCUGAUCAACGUUGCAUUCAGAAUAUUGUCUGUUGCAUAUCUUAUCCGACACAUUUGAAAACUACAGACAGGUUGUCAUCCUUAAAAACACGAGCACGACUUUAAACAAUGAAUAUGUUCUGUAGAAAUGCUAUGUGCGCAUUAUGUCUGGAUUUUAUGCAGGUGCAGUACGUUCUGCCGACAUGCCAGCCCAGAUAUGUCUCUAAACUUCUCGCUGCUGAGUUGGCCAUUUUAUAAGACAGCAGGGAACAAGAGAAGGCACAACACGGUUCCAUCAUAACAGUGUUAUCAUGUUUUAUUAAUACAAAUUGACACGUUGUGUGAUAGGGGUGGGGGUCUGAGACAAGUAUUUGUAAUAGAAUUGUUACAGAAUUGUGAUAUACAAAGAAACUGAUAUUUUUCCCCUAAUGUGUCAUUUCAUACAAGUUCAAAGUAUGAAAUUACCAUACAGACAAUGCCCAGUCGAAUCUACUUCGUUGCAGUGAUACUUUAAAUCAUUGUAUAAGUGUCUUCCAUAGUAACAGUAAUAUUUAGUUCUUACUUAACAAUUCUUGCAAUAUGAAAAUCAGUCAAUUGUUAGCAUAUUUCUUGUUUAUGUUUUCUGUAUGUUAUCACAAAGAUACAAGAUAAUGCUACAAAUUUUUCAUACUUCUCAUUAUCAAUAAAUGUAUGAUUUAUAUGUGGAUUAUGUAAAAGCAGAGAUUGUCAUUGUUAACACAUUUAAGUGGGUCCAAUGUUAUACAUUUUAUACAAACUAUUAUGUUUUAAGUACAUAACUAUUAUGUUUAAUGAGGAGACAAAUUAAUGGGUGCAAAAGGAACACAGAAUGCUAACAAGCAUAGAAGUAACAUCUUAAUAAAAGUGCAAAA